UAGUACUGUGUUCUUGAAAUUGUUAUGUAGCAUGUUAAGUGGUUUAAUAUCCCCGUAAAAUUUGAAUUAAGAAUAAGGCUAUCCUUUGGUCAGACUGUAUUUCUAGGGUACAGCCAUACUUUGCUUAGUAUUUCACAUAUCUUAAAUUGCUUUUCAUAGUUAAAACUGAAAAAAAAGUUUUGGUUGAACUUGUUAGGCUUCUUAUGUGAGUCAAUGUUGUUAUUUGUGCAUCACGUCUCUAAAUUGCUCAUCUAAGUUAAUUCUAAAACUAAAAACUAGGUUAGACAAGCUUCCGGACUCAAAUAUACUUAAAACUAUAAUAAUGAGAUUUAUAAGGCGGACAAUUUUUGUCUUUUACUUUGUUUUUUCUCUCUCAAAAUCAGAAGCAACGACGUCGCAACCGUUAGCAACAUUAGAUGACCAGUGUGAAUUUAACUACAAUGAAUCCAGUCAAGUUUUGAUAUUCCCAGGAAAUUAUUCAUGUAUGAAUGUAUCAUGGACGAUAAAACUGGAGGAUCCAAAAAGUAUAAUUCUUCUGAAUGUUACUUCCAUUCCUGAUGCCAAAUUUUGUGGUAAACUACAGGUUGGUAAUGGAAAUGAUCUGAAUGAGAAAACAUCCUUACUUGGAGUUGUUGGAAUUAACGAUACUGGUCUCGAACUGGCUACGUCGACGAAUGAGGCGUGGAUUAAAAUAGAGAGGUCAAAUACGUGUAAAAAUAAGUUGAAUAUUACAUAUAAUGAAAUUAAAAGAGUUUUCAACGACUCGGAAGUGAAUGAGUACGAAUAUUUCCUAUCGGAGUCUGAUUGGGAGACGCAUAGCAGGAAUCAUUUUCGCAUUUGGAGAAUACCAAACUCUACAGUUGGACAAAAAGAAAAUGUAAUCGUAGUUGAUUCACUUAAUCUGGAUGAAAAGAGUGGAGAUAUGCUUAUUGUUGGCUCAGGGGAGAUACUGAAAGGCACGCCGCCAUUGUUCUUGACAGGUAAAUAUGAAAAUAAGAAAAUCGUUGUACCAGCUAGACAACGUGCAUACUGCAUUCUCAGAACCACUAAUUCCAUGAAGAGCCUGGUCUUCUCUGUGAGAUGGGAACGUGUUGAGUCUCAUGAGACAACUACCUCACAAGAAGUGUCCUCCACCACGUCGUUUCCGCCCUCAUGGUGGCAAGCAAUCUGGGUGUGUUUUGAGGACCAGGGAAAUGAUACUAACAAACAAAUAAAUGAGACUGAUGUCAAAACCCUUUUCAAGCUCGAAAUGACCGUGAUCGCCAAGAUUUAUGCCUCGGACAGAAAUAUCCUAAUUCCAGAAUUCAGCGAUGAAGAUAUAGAGAUAUUACACUUCGUCACGGUAAAGAAAGGAAAAGAGCUUGGCAUUUUCUUUGUUAUCGUAACAAAAGAAGACCGUACUGUUCCUGUUUUCAGCGCUCAGCAGCUUCUGAAUAUUAUUGAUCUAUACAAUGAAUAUCCCAAAAGCAGACUUAAUUACACGAUAUCAAGUUGUUCACAAUUUGACAGUUUUCACUGGAUAAGAGGAGGACUCAUCUGCUUAGCUCUUUCAGCUUUCAUCUUCAUCCUAAUAGGAUGGGGGAAAUACGUUCCUAGAUUAAUCAGGCAUUGGAAGAAAAUACUUAAGAAAAAAGGCACAGAAGAAAAUGAGGAGCUUUUGACCAGGGAAAUCAACAAGCCUAAACCUAUACACAACAGAGAAGAAAUCUAUCCACGUUUUAACCAAAACUCUGGGUCGUAUGUAGAUUUGGUGAACGAAAAUUCUCGACCUGAUGAAGAAGUUAUCAUCAUGUCAACGUUCCAGAGAAGCACGUCAGAGAGUAAUCAUCAAGAAACUGAUAGCAGCGAGGUACGUUCCAACCUUUCUUAUCAGAAAAUGAAAGUAGGAACUGCAGCACAUUGGGCAAAAAACAAGAGAGUCAGCGAUAACUUUAAACCUGGGUCUACCACAAAUACCAAAUCAUUGUCCAACGGUUCUUCUCACACAUCUGAAGAUUCAGAAAACGAUGAACACAUUUAUGAAAAAGUCGAAGCUAGAAAAAAUGGGAAAAUAGAACAGAUAAACGAUAGACCUACGAACCAGAUAAAUGAAAGUAUACAAGAAGAACAAAUGGAGAAUAAGUCUCGAGACCACAUAAGUGAAGACACGGAAAACAAAGAUGAUAUUACAACAAAACUAUAGAUUCGUGGGAGACUGUAUUUGGUUUGGCGACUCAAUAUUAGACCAGUUAUUCCAGCUUUCGAGAAAUUAAUUGUAUACAACAAAAGCGAAAACAAUCUUAUUAUUAUAAAUUAAUUAUUUCUUUAUGUUGAUAAAUUAUUUCUAUCUAGUUUUGUUCUUAUGUUACGCUUCAGAAAGUUUCUGAAAAUUACAUUUAUCAAAGUAGAAAAACAAAAAUCGGUAUGCUUUUUAUAUUUGUGAAUUUUCUUUUGGAAUACCACAUUGUAUAAGAAGUGUCAUCAUUGGGGACAGUGGCAGCUCUAAAGAUGAUGGAUAUGGUAUAUACGCCAUUAGUUACUGUCUUUUUGGUUGGAAACUUUUCUUAGAAUAGCUUUUAGAUCUAUUACAUUUAGUGGUAAAAAUUACUUUAUAAAAUGAAACAAGAGUAAUAUGAGCGUUUCCUUUGUUUGGGAAAAUUAAAAAAUACUUGGUAUCUUAAAAUGUUCUUAUUUUUUGUAUAAGAAAAUGAGACAGGAAGGAUUAAUUUAAAAACUCGCAUUCUGAGCAGGAGGAUUCAAAAUAAAAAAAAAGAGUUGGAACAACGCUUGUUAUGAAUUUCGCGCAAAGCUACACGAGGGUUAUCUGCGCUAGCCGUCCCUAAUUUAGCAGUAAAAGACUAGAGGGAAGCAAGCU